AUGGCCACAGAAAUUGAGAAUGGGCCUUUUGUGCCCGCUCUGAUCGUAGUCGAUAUGCAAGAAGACUUUUGUCCGCCCAAUGGUUCUCUCGCUGUACAAGAUGGCCGGUCCAUAGCUCCCUUGAUCAACCACCUCCUCGCCCAACCCGGGUUCGUGUCGCGUAUCGCGACUCAAGACUACCACCCACCAGACCACAUCUCCUUUGCCAGUAACCAUCCUCAUCCAAAUAACCGACCCUUUGAGUCAUUUGUUGCAAUGACAAACCCCCAUCCGCCUCCAGGUCAAGAGCCAGAAACAAAACCCCAGCAACUUUGGCCAGUCCAUUGCGUGGAGGAAACCCCCGGCGCAGACUUCAUUCCCGAGAUCGACGACCAUCUAUUUGACUUGGUGGUGAUGAAAGGGAGACACUCGCAGGUCGAGAUGUACUCUGCCUUUGCCGAUGCAUUUGGCAACAUCGAUCCGACUGUGACAAUGCAUUCGGUCACGGUAGAUGUCACCUCUGAGCUCCAGGCCAAGGGAGUGACGGACGUCUUUGUCGUUGGGCUGGCGGGAGACUAUUGCGUGAAAUGCACAGCUAUUGAUGCGGUCAAGGCUGGGUUCCGAAGCUGGCUGAUUGAAGAGGCAACGAAAUGUGUCGUUCCUACUGGUUGGGACGAGGUCAAGGAGGAGCUUCUUAUCGCAGGGGUUUCCGUAAUCCAUGCAGAUGACGCGGUCCUUCAGAAGCUAGCGGUCGCAUAG